CCGGUAUAAGCUCAUCUUUACCCCUUUUAGUCUUUCGCGGCAUACACGGGCCGCGUCCCAAUCCCAGAAUUGUAAUGUGCAUCCUGGCCAUUCUCGUCAAGGGUUAGUCUCAGGGUGUUUCAGAAUUUCUUCCCUUUUGUCUUUUGAGUGUUCUGGGGCUUUGAACUGGACGCUGGGACAUUUGCCGAUCUUCAGAGAAUCAGAUCAUACGAAUUGGGUCCAAUCUAUGCCAGAUGAUCAUUUCCUGUCUGUCCACGGAGUUUAUAGCUCUAUAUUGUUAAUAGGCCUACAGAGUCCUUGAUGACAGGAUAUAUAAACCAUUGAGCGUGCCCUAAAUAGUACUCGUCCUAAUCACAUCUGCCAACUACCAGCUUCACAUACAUUCUUUCCAUUCCUUCCUUCCAUUCAAUCCAACAUUCAAUCCAACAUUCACUAUGAAGCUUUCUCUGAACCUCUUGCUCCUUCCCAUGGCCCUCGGUGCCGCCAUCGGAGUCCGUGACGAUGCCCGCCGGGGCAAUUACUCUGUCUCCGGCUUGGGAGAGCGCAAGCAGGCCAUUGUCGCUGCUGGCGGUAACACCAUGGACCUUGCCAUUGCCAUGUUGGAGAACGACAAAAUGGAUCCCAGCACCUACCCCUACGGCGACGGCAAGACCGGUGACGCCACCAACUUCGGUAUCUUCAAGCAGAAUUGGAUGAUGCUGCGCACUUCCGCCUCUGAGUUCCUCGGCGAGAAGCCUGAGGACGUCAAGAACGGCGAGGUCCUGAACACCGACUUGGGCAAGGAUAUCAAGGCUCGCCACGAUGGCGAGAAGAAGUACGGUUUCGAUGUGUGGUACGCUGGCCACCGUAACGGUGCCUCUGGUCUCCAGAACCCCAACACUCAGGAUAUCACCAACUACAAGAACGCCGUCAAGUGGAUCAAGUCCCAGAUCGAGAGCGACAAGAAGUACCAGAGCGAUGACACCCGCUUCUGGGUCGAUGUCGUUGCCAUCUAA